CGCAACUUCAUACCGUAUUAUAUACUACUCCGUAUUAUUACUAUAUAUCCUCUAUUUGAAGUCACAAUUUGUGUGUAAUUAUUAUUUAUUAUUAUUAUUAAUUUAUUAUUAUUAUUAUUACUAAUAAAAAUGGCAAAAAUGACAAUAAUGACCAUACCUGCACUCGAGAAGGAGAAGAAAGAUGAUGAUGAGAGUUUGUUGUGCGAGAAAGGAUUGAAGGCCUUGUGGGACGCUAACCUUAUAAAGGCUGUCCCAAAUAGGUUUAUCUUCCCUUCACCGGAACGCCCCAAACAUCAUCAUACCACAAACAAUGGCAAAACAAACGGCCAUUUCAAGCUUCCCGUGAUCCACUUCGACCAACUCCGAGGCCCUAACCGCACCCACGUCCUUCGUUCUCUCGCUGACGCUUGUCAAAAUUACGGCUUUUUUCAGCUGGUGAAUCAUGGUAUUGCCGAGGAUGUCAUAAACGACAUGAGGGACGUGACUAGGAGGUUUUUCGACCUUCCGGUGACGGAGAGGGAGGUGUACAUGAGCGCCGACGUGUCGGCUCCGGUCCGGUACGGGACGAGCUUUAACCAAACAAAGGAUGGCGUGUUUUGUUGGCGAGACUUUCUCAAGCUGGUUUGUGAUCCUAAUGUCCUUUCCCAUUGGCCUUCAAAUUCUCCCUUGGACUUUAGGAAAUGUGCAGUGAAAUAUGCAGAAAACACAAAAGCAUUAUUCCUUAAAGUGGCGGAGGCCGUCGUGGAAAGCCUAGGCGCCGUCCACGACGGCGUUCAUGAUGUUGAACUAUUAUCCACAAUGUCCCAAUCCUGACCUCACCCUCGGAAUCCCCCCACACUCCGACUUCGACUUCCUCACCCUCCUCCUCCAAGACGACGUCAACGGGUUACAAAUCCACCACCGCGGGGAUUGGGUUGGCGUCGAUGUCAUCCCGAACGCCUUCGUGGUCAACGUCGGCGACCUCCUCGAGAUAUUUAGCAACGGGAAGUACAAAAGUGUGAUGCACAGAGCGGUUGUGAAUUCGUUCAAGCCUAGAAUCUCGGUGGCUUCCUUUCAUAGUACACCCAUUGACACGAUUGUGGAGCCAUCACCGAAACUUAUAAGUAGUUCGAAUCCGAGAUGGUACAAGGGCACGAACUUUUCGACUUUUCUUGAGUACAUCAAGACCAGUGACUACAAGAAAAAGAAUUUCCUUGAAUCAAGAAAGCUUUUCAAUUAGU